AUGAGGGAACGCUCAGGUAGUCUAUACCACGUCCAACCCCGGCUCGAUGACAUCCUCAACGAUGUGGCCCCCUUCCCCUACACCCUGGGGGCUUUCAUUGCCUUUCUCUCCGAGCACCAAUGCCUAGAAACAGUCGAGUUCUUACUCGAGACCGAACGCUACCGACGCAUCUACCACUGGCUCGAGCACAAAACCGAGGCAUGCGAGGCCGUCCGCACGGCCCAUCUCUCCGGUCUCUGGAACCGACUGAUCAACCAGUAUAUCCGGCCUCACAGCGAGCGCGAGAUUAACAUCCCCUGCGACAUCCGACAGCAGCUGAUGCAGGUGUUCCACAACCGAGGGGAUGACCCUCCUCCGCCCGAAGAACUCGAUCGAGUCGUGAACAAUAUCAAGGAGCUCCUGCGGGGGUCCAUCCUCAUACCCUUCCUGCGGCGAUCAUCCGCGACUGCGCGCGUCCAGCCGCUCUCCAUGCCGUCUUUGAACGAUUGCUUGCCGGAGGAGGCCAUGUCCAAGCCGCGUGUCACGGAUGAUAUACGCGUGAACAGAUACCCGCGAGACGAUUAUCCUUCCUCUCGGGGGGGGUCGACUCGUCGGUACGGAUUCUAUGGCGAUCCGGCCACGAGUUCUGCGGAGGAUGAUGAUGCGUCUGCGAGUAGUGCGGUGAUGUCUUCUGCGUCGGACCGGUCGGAUAUACAAGACUUUGCCGUCAAAGGGAGUGGUGGGACGGCCAACUCGCGCACGAGGGCGGUUCCAGACCGGUCUUCUCGGGAAGAUCGGAAACCUCGCGGCUGGCGAAGGAGGUUCAAGGAGGGCUUGGUGAAACAUCUUCCGCGGUCAUCGGAUUGA